AUGAAGUGCAUCGCUGUAGUCAUGAUGGCCUUGGCCGUUGUUGCUUCGGGAGCCUCCGUCGCCUAUUCCGUUGUCCAGCAGAAUGUCAGUCCUCAGCUGGUGGCCUCGCUUCCAGUGACUAGCUAUGCUGCGUCUCCAAUCGCUUACUCCGUUGCUGGCCCCACUUUCGUUCAGGCUAACGUUGUUCCAAGGUAUGUGUCUCCGGUGGCUUACGCUGCCGCACCAGCAUUGACGUACAGCACCGUUGAUAGCACGGUUGUUGAAGCUGCACCAGUCGUUGCCCAGGCUACCGCCGUUGUUGCCCAGCCUGCUGUUGCCGUUGUCGCUCAACCGGAAGCACGUUACCUAGCUGCCAACCCGGGAGCUGUUCAUGAUGCUCCUCUUCCAGGGCACACCGUCUCGCAGCAAUCGCUCAAUCUGGAGGCUGCUCCCGGAACCGCUUAA